CGCAAGCCACACGAGCAGGCAGCCGCCGGUAGAAGAGAAGAAGGCGAAGCGCGAAGCCAAAGCAAGGUUGCAGAGAGGGAGGAGAGAGAAAGAGGGAAACCGUUCUCUCACGUGAGAGCUCUCCGAUCCAAGCUAGGGAGUUUUUCUGUGGGCGGGAGGCUAUACGGGCCCGCGGCUUCUUCCGAGCGACAGCGGAGGCGGAGCCGAGCCGAAUUGCGCGGCGAGCCGGCGAUGGCGAGGCGACGUGAUUGACGCACUACAGUUAUGUGCAUCCAAGGGAACAAGGCGGCGACGCACGAGCACGACUUCCUCUCUCUGCACACCGCCGCCGCCGCUAAGGACUCGCCUCUCCAGCUCCACGACUCCAAGCCCCCUCCUCCCUCUCAAGGUUUAUUCCUGAAGACGCACGACUUCCUGCAGCCGUUGGAGAAGCCGGGAGCGCCGCCGCCCGGCGCGGACAGCAGGGAGGUGGUCAUCAGCAAGCGGCACGCGCUGCCCCUGCCCCUGCCCGGCGGCGUCGGCACAUUCAGCAUCAGCCCCGCGCCCGGGCCGGUAGCGCGGCCGGCCGCGGUCAAGGCGGAGCCGCCGUUCGCGCUCUGGGGCCAGCCCGCGGCACGGCCGGGCGCACGAGGGCACCACCACCAGUGGACGCUCCCCUUCUUCGCCGGCGCCGGACAGGUCACGCCGCAGGAGCAGCAUCCGCCACCGGGUAGGAAGGGGCGAGGCGGCGGAGGCGAGUUCAUGGAAUCUGGCUCCAGAUCCAGCGGCGCCGCCGGCUUCGACGACGACGACGACGGCCUCGCCGCGCGCCGCGAGGUCUCCUCCUCGCUCAAAGAGUUGACAGUAAGGGUGGAGCGGAAGGGUGGGAGCUGCAGUGAUGGCGGUACGGAUCAGCGGCCAAACACACCACGAUCGAAACACUCGGCCACAGAGCAGCGCCGACGCAGCAAGAUCAAUGACAGGUUUCAGAUACUUAGGGAUCUAUUGCCACACAGUGAUCAGAAGAGAGACAAAGCUACAUUUCUCUUGGAGGUCAUUGAAUACAUACGAUUUUUGCAAGAGAAAGUACAAAAACGCGAGGCUUCAUUCCCAGAAUGGAACCAAGAAAAUGCAAAGAUUCUUCCAUGGUCAAAUUUAUAUUUUCGAUCAUUCUGGAAAAAUGCACAGAGUAAAGGUCAGAUCCCAGGAGAUGCCCUGCCCAACCCUUCACAGUUCAUGAGAAAUGGAUCCUCCCCUGAAUUUAAUUUCACGGGCAAGCCCGAUGAUAAUCACAACACAGUGCCAUCUGCUGCUGCCUCAGGAGCAAAAGAUCAGGCGGAAACUGAUCACAUGGCUAGCGUGUCCUACAGAUCAACAGAAACUCCGACCAAUAUUACAAAUAAUUUUACAUCGCAAUCCCAACCCCAAUGGACAGAUCUGCCCCCUGUGGAUGACUCUGCAGUGAACAGUGAAAUGAUUAAUGACCAGCAGUUGACAAUCGAUGAAGGAACAAUCAGCAUAUCCAGUCAAUAUUCCCAAGAGUUACUUAAUUCGUUGACUCACGCCCUUCAAAGCUCGGGCAUAGAUUUGUCCCAAGCCAGCAUCUCUGUGCAGAUCAACCUGGGCAAGCGGGCUGUCAAGAGAACUGCUGCUGCUGUACCCUCCAAUUCUAAGGAACUCACCGAGCCAUCAUCUAAUAACGAAAUAGGUCAUCAGCUGACAAUGUUGGGUGGAGGUGCUGAAGAUCAUUCACAUUCAACAAAGCGACAUAAAUCUGGCAACAGCUGAUGGUCGUUCCGCUUCUAGACCGAUUGAUCAUUCUUUCCUCCCUACCAACGGGAGGCUCUCAGAUUGCUUGUACAUUAUGCUAGGCUUCAUGAUGAACGAGACCCUGGUGUAUUCUUUCAUUUGGUCACCCCGCCAUCCUAUUUAGUAGUAGUAUUUACUAAGAGAGAAAAAAUUGAAGCUUCCAUUGCGGAUUGUGAAGCCGCUCUUGUACACAGGCUUCCAUUCAUAUGAGAAGCUCCCCCCUCACGGAUCCUCCGUUGCAACUUGUAAGAUAACUCGUUCAAAUCUACCGUAGCGUGUCGUUCAUUGUC